AUGGAAGUUUUGAUAGUAGAACAAGGAACGCUGGGGCAGUAUAAUGAUAACAAGAUCCGUACACCUAAGAGAAAACGUUCAAAUUUCCUGCAUCAUGGAAAGGAAGAAGGAUCCUCAAAUGGCAAAAGGAUUUCAAAAAAGCGAAGUGCCUCCUCAAAUGUGGUAGAAAGUUGUGAAAAUGAUUUUUCGAUGGAUGAAUUGGAAGAAGAUGAAGAAAUUAUGUUUUUGAUUAAGGCACGAUCGCGGAAAAGGAGAAGUGUUGACUGUGAAGUGAUGGGAAGAGAUUCCUCAAAGGAUGAAAGAGUAAAAUAUGAGUUAAGGAAUACUACUAGCAAAAUUUCAUCCUCUUCACCACCAUCUUCAUCUGGAUCAUCAUGCACUUCGAAAUAUACGGAGGAUAAUAGAGAAGUUUAUUUGAAGUGUCAUCAUUGUAUGAAAGAGGAGAAGAAAACCAUAGUUUCCUGCUCCAAGUGUAAAAAGAACUCCUAUUGCUGUAUCCAAGCUGUAUCAAUGGAUACACCAAAGAGGGAUAUAAGUGAUCGUGAGAGGGCUCAGCAUCUGGAGUGUUUAAUUUCCAACCUGCUUCCAUUUUUAAAGCAAAUUUCUCAAGAACAAGUUCAAGAGAUAGAGAUUGAAGCUAAUAUUCGAGGACUUUCACCUUCCGAAUUUGAAAUACCACAGACCCUUUGUUUCAAUGAUGAGCGUGUCUAUUGCAACCAUUGUGCAACUUCAAUCAUUGAUCUACAUCGAAGCUGCCCAAAAUGUUCUUAUGAACUUUGUCUAAGUUGUUGCCGAGAAAUUCGCCAGGGAUGCCUCUUAGACCGUGGAGAAGUGAAAUUUCAAUAUAGGAGUAGGGGUUAUGAUUACAUCCAUGGUGGAGACCCAUCACCUGACUGUUGUCCCUUAGAAGCUUCACAGGACCAUAUUGAGCCGUUCACUGAGUGGAAGGCAAACGAUGAUGCUACUGUUACUUGUGCUCCGAAAGAAAUGGGUGGCUGUGGUGAUUGCAUGUUGGAUCUUAAGCGAAUCCUUCCACCUGACUGGAUCUCAAAUUUAGAAGUCAAAGCAAAACAUUUAUUAGAGAUUUUCCGAACAGAACAUUCUACUUUCAAGCAUGAUUGUGCUGAAACAAGAAAGGAUGCGUUACUAAAAGCAGCUUCUAGAGAGGAUUCUUGUGAAAACUUCUUAUUUUGUCCAGAUUCAAGGGACACUCUGAAAGAAGAAGGGCUUUUGCGCUUCAAAGAACAUUGGGUUAAGGGUGAACCAGUUAUUGUCAGAAAUGUGCUUGAACAGGCAAAUGGAUUGAGCUGGGAGCCAAUGGUCAUGUGGCGUGCUUUAAGUGAAAAUAUGGAUACAGCUAGUACCUCACAGUUUUCAAAAGUAAAGACCAUCGAUUGCCUGGCGGGUUGUGAGGUGGAAAUCAGUACUCGUGAAUUUUUUGAAGGAUACACCGAAGGGAGAAUGUAUAGUAAUUUAUGGCCAGAGAUGCUUAAGCUGAAGGAUUGGCCCCCUUCUGAUAAGUUCGAGGACCUUUUGCCCCGCCAUUGUGAUGAAUUUAUCAGUGCCUUGCCAUUUCAAGAGUACACGGAUCCUAGAGCUGGUAUUCUCAACCUUGCUGUUAAGUUGCCACCAGGUGUUUUGAAACCAGACAUGGGCCCAAAAACAUAUAUUGCUUAUGGGCUUAUGGAAGAGCUUGGAAGAGGGGACUCUGUAACUAAACUUCAUUGCGACAUGUCCGAUGCAGUGAAUAUUUUGACACACACAUCAGAAGUACAGCUAAGUGAUGAGCAGCAAUCUGCAAUUUCAAGGUUGAACAAAUUACAUAGGGCCCAAGAUGAAAGAGAGCUUAUGGAUUGGAUGAAUUCUCUCAAGGAUGGUGGACAACCUGGUCAACAGACACAGGAUAGAGAAGCUCUAGAAAACACUCUCUCUCCUGAAAUUAACGUAGAAUUGAAAGUAGAUGAAGAUGAAGAUGAAGAUGAGUUAGAUGGGCCCACUACAUCAGGUUCUUCCUCCACUGAAGUGGCAGAGGAAACUGGUGGUGCUUUGUGGGACAUCUUCCGGAGAGAGGAUGUUCCUAAAUUAGAGGCAUACCUUAUGAAACAUUAUAAGGAAUUUAGGCACACCUAUUGUUCACUAGUUGAACGGGUCAUUCAUCCAAUUCAUGACCAAUCUUUUUAUUUAACAUUGGAGCACAAAAAGAAGCUGAAGGAGGAAUUUGGUGUUGAACCAUGGACAUUUCUACAAAAACUUGGAGAGGCAGUAUUUAUUCCAGCCGGAUGUCCACACCAAGUCAGGAAUCUCAAGUCUUGUACAAAAGUAGCAGCAGACUUCGUAUCUCCUGAAAACGUCCACGAGUGCCUCCGUUUGACCGAGGAGUUCAGACAACUUCCGAAGAACCAUAGAGCUAGAGAAGACAAACUUGAGAUAAAGAAAAUGAUACUUUAUGCAGUCGACGAAGCCCUUAAAGAUUUGGAAGCCUUGGUAUCAACUCAAGUUUGA